AUGAACUCAAAGUUAUAAAUCAUCAACCUUAAAUUAUUUAAUGAUAAUUAUCAAAAACCAGAAUAAUAAACUCCUGCUGCUACUCCUGCUGCUAAUCCUGCUGCUGAUAUUAAUGAGCCUGUAUUAGAAAAACCACCAAGCAGUAAGCCAUCUUUAGUGCCUGCUCCCAUCUUAUAACCUCCGCCGCCUCCUUCACCCCCAGAAUAACUUAAAGAUGGGAUUUUACAUAUCUAAAAUCCUGAUUAAGUUAACAAGCCUUCAAAUAUUCCUUUAAAAAUUGAGUGCGAUGUAAUUUUAAAAGAAAUAGAAUUAGAACCACCAGCAAAAAUCAAAACAAGACCAACUCUUCCCUAAUAGACUCAAAGAAAAAGUCAAAAUAAUAUUGUACAUGAAAUCAAAAAUCCAGAGCCUGAUUUAGCAAAAAAAUAUAUAAACUCAAUUGAAAAGUUCAACGUAAAAGAAAGAGAUUUAAAAUAAAAUGAAUAUUGA